CCUAUACGCUUUCCUCUUCACAUAUUGAUAUAACCCAAUGUCCGACUCCAAGAAAGGCGCCUAUGGUGGCGCGCCAUCAGGCGAUACUGAUUUUCGAAAGACCUAUGAUCUCGACGAAUACGCUGCCAAAGCCAAUGAACGCGAGGCAAAAGAAAAAGAAGAGGCCAAGGCGCGUUAUGAAGCCAAGCUUGCAGGCAAGAAAUACCACAAGCCUUUAACAGGCGACGAAACAUACACAUCAGCACGCCGAAAUGUUAUAGACCUCACACAACAAAUCGGAAAAACGCAGCUUGUCCCCGGAGGUGCAGGCGUCGGAAAGCGUGGCCGUGGAGCUGGUUUCUACUGUGAGCCUUGCGAUCUCACGUUCAAAGACAACAAGCAAUACAUCGAGCAUCUCAACACACCACAGCACUUGAUAAAUACGGGCCAAACGACUGAAGUCAAGCGCGCGACGGCAGAGGAAGUCCACGAACGUAUUGAGUACUACAUCCGACGGCGAGACGAGCUGGAGAAGGAGAAGCAGACUAGCCUACACGAACGACUACAGCUGCGAGAAGAAGAGGCUGAGAAAGAAGCCGAAGAGCGGAGGAAGAAGAGAAGAGAGGAUAAUGAAAGGAGGAGGAUCAAGAAGGAGGAGGAGGCAAGGGUGAAGAUGGAAUAUGGAGAGGACGUUCGUGUUGAUGGCGAACAUGACGAAGACGAUAUGAUGGCAGCAAUGGGCUUUACUGGAUUUGGGACGUCGAAGAAGUGAUGGAUAUCUAAGUCGUUUAAUGAUACCCCGCGUUCAACCUGGUUUUAUAUGAAAAGUUUAGUCGAAUGGGUGUACAACAGCCAAGAAUGAAACAGAUGGUUGGAGAUAUCACAACAAUACAGAGGUCGGUGUGAGUGAAGUCAACACUCUGAGAUAAUAGUGCCAAGCAAGAUGAAACAG